CCGGCUCGCACCCAGGCAGGAAGGCAGGCGCGGCGUGCGCCCCGCAGAGCCCGCGACCCCUGCCCGCUGCCGGCUGCCCGGCCCGGCUGGCACCAUGCUGCCCGCGCGCUGCGCCCGCCUGCUCACGCCCCCCUUGCUGCUCAUGUUGGUGCAGCUGUCCCCGGCCCGCGCCCACCGCACCACGGGCCCCAGGUUCCUAAUAAGUGACCGUGAUCCUCAAUGCAACCUCCACUGCUCCAGGACUCAGCCCAAACCCAUCUGUGCCUCUGACGGCAGGUCCUACGAGUCCAUGUGCGAGUACCAGCGAGCCAAGUGUCGAGACCCAAACCUGGGUGUAGUCCAUCGAGGGAGAUGCAAAGAUGCCGGCCAGAGCAAGUGUCGCCUGGAGCGGGCUCAAGCCCUGGAGCAAGCCAAGAAGCCACAGGAGGCCGUGUUUGUCCCAGAGUGUGGCGAGGACGGCUCCUUUACCCAGGUGCAGUGCCACACUUACACAGGCUACUGCUGGUGUGUCACCCCGGAUGGGAAGCCCAUCAGUGGCUCAUCUGUGCAGAACAAAACUCCUGUAUGUUCAGGUUCAGUCACCGACAAGCCCUUGAACCAGGGUAACUCAGGAAGGAAAGUCUCUUUUCGCUUUUUUUUAACCCUCAAUUCAGAUGACGGAUCCAAGCCGACACCCACGAUGGAGACCCAGCCGGUGUUCGAUGGAGAUGAAAUCACUGCUCCCACUCUAUGGAUUAAACACUUGGUGAUCAAGGACUCCAAAAUGAACAACACCAACAUAAGAAAUUCAGAGAAAGUCCACUCUUGUGACCAGGAAAGGCAGAGCGCCCUGGAAGAGGCCCGGCAGAAUCCCCGCGAGGGCAUUGUCAUCCCGGAGUGUGCCCCUGGGGGCCUCUAUAAGCCGGUGCAGUGCCACCAGUCCACUGGCUACUGCUGGUGUGUGCUGGUGGACACGGGGCGCCCACUGCCCGGGACGUCCACACGCUACGUGAUGCCCAGUUGUGAGAGCGACGCCAGAGCCAAGAGCGCCGAGGUGGAUGACCCCUUCAAGGACAGGGAGCUACCAGGCUGUCCAGAAGAGAAGAAACUGGAGUUUAUCACCAGCCUUCUGGACGCACUCACCACCGACAUGGUUCAGGCCAUUAACUCAGCAGCGCCCACUGGAGGUGGGAGAUUCUCAGAGCCAGAUCCCAGCCACACCCUGGAGGAGCGAGUGGUGCACUGGUACUUCAGCCAGCUGGACAGCAACAGCAGCAGUGACAUCAACAAGCGCGAGAUGAAGCCCUUCAAGCGCUACGUGAAGAAGAAAGCCAAGCCCAAGAAAUGUGCCCGGCGCUUCACCGACUACUGUGACCUGAACAAGGACAAGGUCAUCUCGCUGCCUGAGCUAAAGGGCUGCCUGGGUGUUAGCAAAGAAGGACGCCUCGUCUAAGGAGCAGAAACCAGAGGGCAGGUGCAGAGCCCAGGGGAACAAGAUGCGCCAUCUGACCCUAACCUCAGCGCUGCCCACGGCCCCGCCACAUCCCCUGUAACAUAAGUGACGCCCACCAUGUUUGCACUUUUAAUAACUCUUAUUUGCGUGUCUUGUGUUCGGUUUCAUUUUUAAACACCAGUAUCUAACACCACAGUGGGAACAGGAAGGGGAAGAAAGACUGCUUCUUCUCUCUCUCAUUGUAAGUUUUUGGAUCUGCUACUGACAACUUUUAGGGGAUUUUUUUUAGGGGGGAGGCGGGGAAGGGUGUCGCUGGAACUGAGAAGAAAGAGAUUUAUAUACUGUACAUAAAUAUAUAUGUAAAUUGUAUAGUCCUGUUGUACAGGCGUUGGCAUUGCUCUUCGUUACCCCCCUCCCUCUCCCUGCUGCCGAUUGUGGACGCUUUCUAGAACCCAGAACUGUGUCUUCAGCUGGCCUGGACUCCGCUUGGAGACUCGCCCUGGUGCACAUACAGAUGGGAGCCUGCGAUGCUGUUGCAGACUCCAGCUGUUCGCUUCUGGUGGGAGGAGUGCACUGCUCCGGGCCAUCAGUUGGUGAAGUUGUCAGGCCGCUUGGCCCUUGGCCUUCUCCAGGGCUGCUGGGUUGGGGGUAGAUGGGCAUUGCUCCGCGGGAGGAGGAGAGGCCAGGCCAGCGGAGCAGCCAGCGCAGGCCCCAACUCUCGCCUGAUCCAUUUGCUUCUGCGCUACAGACCUCCUGGGGCCUGGUUUGCUACCCACCAAGCAAAUGACCCUCCAAGAAUUUGCAUUAGGAGAGUUUAAGCAUCUUCCACGUGUCAGGCAUGGGAAGGGAGCCAAAGAAAAGCACACGCAGCCGGGCCUUGAUUUAGUACAUUUAGCAGGGGUGGGGACGGUCCGGCCGCGAGCUGUCGAGGGCCCGUGAAAUCAUUGGGUCUGGCCCUGCCAAGGCAACCGCAGGCGGGACUCGCGAUGCAAUAAAUCCCUAGCAGGCUAAUUUUUAAGUUGCUGAUCUUGUACGGCCCACGAACGAUGCUAUAAAUGUCCAGACGGCCCUUGGCAGAAAAGGGCCCCCCCCCCACGCCCGCAGCGCGGGGAGGGGGACAGAAGGCCCGUUCUGGGGAGCGGAACCCGCGGGAAGACAUCUGAGUCCCCGCAAACCUCUGCACGAGGCUCCAAGGCUUCAGAUGGGGCCGCUGCCUCCGCUCGCCCAUCUCCCGCGUUGUCCUCAGCGCUGGCCACAGCCCGAGGGAGCUCCGUACCCAGCAGUUGUGUGUGUGUGUGUGUGUAACCCAAACUGAGGUUCCUCUUGUUCCCUUAAAUUUUCCUCUGAGCUCCCAGGCUUCGGGCCAAUUCUAGAAGGAAAACUCUCGGACCUUCUGCUUCUGCCUCCCCUAAAAGGACAGGGACAAUAAGCAGGCUCUGGGGAGACCCAGGCCUGGCUUGGCAAGGCUCUGUCCCGGCAGGGCUCCCGAGCGUGCUGCCCUGCCGUCGGGGAGAUGCGCUGCGACCUCUCCACAUUCAGAUGACCUUCAGACACAGCGCCAGGUGACAGUGCAGCGCCUAUUCCCGUGGGCAGCCCCUGCGGCGCGGAGGGAGCGUGGGGAGCCCAGGACUGCUGCCCUCAUCCCACGCGACACCUGGCUCAUCUUCGUUUCCCGCCCAGUGUCCCUGGAAGGGCACCCACCUCGGCAGCCGGUGUGUCUGCCACACAGACAGGCUUGCAAGGCAGUGGCCUGUGAGCACUGCCCUCCCCGGGGCCCACGGCCUUCUGGGAAUAGGAUCUGAUGGGGUCUCAGGCCAGAGGAGGUUCCAGCUGUCCUGCAGAAAGUCCUCGAGGGUGUCUCAGGGUGACAUGUGGCAGGGUGGAGAGCAAGCCCUCGCUUUGGGCCUCAACCAGAAAACUCGGCGCGCUGGAGCUGGAUGGAGGAGACCCCAGCCCCAUUCCCGGCUUGGAGGAAGCGUGUCCACAUGGAGAGGGGCUCACUUGGGGAGGCUGAAAUCUUCCCCAGGCGUCUUCUUCGCUUGUGCGUGUAGGCUGCGCUGUGGUUUUCCUUUGUGA